GAUAUAGAAGGUGAACUUGGUUUCGAACGUGAAAAGGAUACUGAAGAUGGACCUGCAAUUGAACGUAAAAAGGAUACUGAAGAUGGACCUAGUAUUGAACCUGAAGAUGGACCUGGUAUUGAACUUGAAGAGGACAUUGAUAUUAUUAGUGAAUCAGAUGAUACCUCUAAAAAUACAGAUAAUUAUCAACAUAGGCACCUAUCUCCAAUCUGCAUUGAGAUCUACCAUGGAAAAACCUUUGGAACUUGA